GAGUUUUUCUUUGCGUUCAUAGCCUUCCACAUUGAAAUCAUGUGUGCUGCUCUCAACCCAGCUAAAGUCCAGUUGCGAGACAGAAUUCUGUCGGAAGCAGCAAAGCAUGUCAGAGCAACCGGCUUCACAAACGGUGCACUUGUUACAGCACUUAAAACUAUCGAAGACAAAAGAAUAAGCGACCGCACUCUCGCGGAUCUUUUUAACAGAGGCUUUCCGAUUGCGCUGGUGGAGUACGUUGUGAAGUCGAGCAACCAAGCUGUUCACCGAGAGCUUGAAUUAUCUUUUAGCAAAGAUGCGGUUGUGCGAUCUAUCGAAGCGAAUUUCGAAAAUUUUGUUCAAGGGCAAUUUCAGCUGCCGACGGAAAGCGACGUCGCGGAAAAGGCCCUUUUGACCAAAAUUGAGUUACUAAAACCGCUGGCGGCGCUUUGGCCAAGCGCGGUCGUACUUGAGUAUUAUCCGUCGAAUGUGCCGUACACAGUUAUCAAUACAGCUGAAUUUGUGGACACAACGGUUUACUACAUGGAGCGCGUUAAUGCGCUGAGCGAGCUCCUUGGCCCUGCACGGCGAAUUCUGAAAUCAAAGGCGAUGGCGUCUCACGUUCAGUUUUCUGGCACCAAGGAUAUUGCCGGUGCAGCGACUUCGUCUUUCCUGAAGAGUUUUCUUCACGGACUUCCGCUGUCUUCUGGACCACAUGUUGGGCAUUCAAGCAUUAAUCCUUCGUGGUUCUUAAAGCGCGUUCAGCUGGCUGCGCUUUACGGUACCGCAACGGCCUCCUUACUUGGAGAUGCGUCACGCAACGCCGCUGAUACUCGCGCUUUGACGCGGAAAGUAGUGAAAGCAGUUUUCUAG